GCAACAUCGGUAGCUGGGCCACCCCCACCAGGGCCUCCAGCACAGGCACCGGGGGGUCGCGCAGGAGUCGCAAAUUCUUCGUCCGUUCCGUCUGGCGCGAGUGAAGACCGAGCCCCUGACCCUGAGGAAGACGAUGCCCUCUAUCGCGAAAAUGUGCCGGGACUUUUCGGAGCGCUUGGUGGAGCCAUCGCAAUUCUUGGGGGGACCACGGCGUCUAGCAACAUGAACACCGACGAGGUCUCCAAGCGAGGACAGUACAACGAUCCAGAAAAAUCGUCAUCUGCGGAGCAGGUGUUUUCGAACACACUGGCGCCGGGAUUCUUGUCCUUGGACGCCACAAGAAAUAUCAACGGUGCAGAGAUGAAGAUGAAGAAAAAGAAGAAGAAAAAGAAGGAAAUAAAUGACACAGCUUCAUCCGUUCUUUCCGAGCGCGGCACAAAAGCGCAGAUAAUUUCUUCAACUCCUUCGACCGUCGAAUACUACUCGGUGUCUUCUCGGGCGGUCGUCCCCAAGGCUGGUCUUGAUUUCAUCUCCGGUAGAAGUUCUUCUUCAUCAUCAUCAUCAUCUGCCAACGGAUUUACCCGCGUUGCCCCCACAGGCUCGGACGAGAUGAAUUUGAAUGCGAUUGGGAUUACCUUCGACCACUCCGGUAUUGCUGGCCGCGGCGGGGUAUCAAAUGUAAAAAUGUCUGGGUCUGGAAACUUGUGAUGCUGGGUGGCGUCUCAUGAUGAGGCUACAGAUGCUGGCUCAACAUGACAAGUUUCUGAGCUCCUAGGUGUUGCCUAUUCUGCAUGACAAACUGCGCUUCUGCAUCACAGAAGAACGGCGUUCUUGUGUAACGUGCAUGACAGAUUUAAGAGUCAUGCCAGACAAGCAUGACAAACAUGAAUGCUUCCAGACCCAGACACCUUUACAGUUGAUACGGGGGUGGAGGAGAGAACACUACAAAUGCAAACACUUUAUCAGGCUCGCAAAAAGUGAAUAUGUCCAAAUCCUCUUCGUCCUCCUCCUCGCUGGAAGAGGAUCAAACUAAUCACGACGACCUCGUGAAUAUGUACGAAGACGAUGCCGCGUGGCUGCGGAUUCAGGGGCAGCAAGGUAGCGCAGGAGCGUGCGGAAGUAGUGGUCCUAGUAGG